CCUGAACGAAUUCUCCGAUGAACAUACCGCUAAUUGCUUCUCCACCUGCUCUCCAACCUCUUCCACCCCACCCCCUCCACUCCCAAUUCAGCCUGUAAGUGUCCGUCAUUGGAGAUGGAUAGUGACACAUGCAGUAAUAGCAAUUCAUAAAAGCUGGUUCCAGCCCUUGUCUUCAAGGCUCCUGGAUUUUCCACUGCCUGCUUUUGUGUAAGUGAAGUAGAUGGAAGUGCUACUGGCAUCAGAAUCCACCUCCCUAUGCUCCGUUGCUAGAGCUCAGUUGCUCAGCUGGAGCUGAGCUAAACAGAAGCCUCGGAUCCGAGCUGAAUUGUAGCUGGGUUUUUUCCCCCUCAGUGCGGGGGAGGGGGGAGGUGAGUUUGGGAUAGUGUGUAGUGGAUUUUGGGUGCUUUGGCUUUUCUUUUUUUGGAGAGAAGAGGGUAAGGGAAGAACUCACAGCAAGAUACAACGUGAAACAGUUCUCUCAAGAGUAUCACGAUGUUCCUGGUACAAUAUACAGGAAGUUGAGACCUAUUAUGGAAUUUUAAUCUAGGGUUUCAAGAUUGAACCAGCUGCCCUUUGACCCUGCCAACAACAACGAACCCCUGCAGUUUGGUAGUGCCAGUGGCUCUCUGGUCACAGAAGGCCUCAUUGAGAAUGGAGGGGAGUCGAGCAAGAAAAGAAAGAGAACAAAUGCUCCUUCAGCUGAUAAUAGUAGAACUCUGAAUGUGGAUUCCACUGCAAUGACGCUACCUAUGUCUGAUCCAACUGCAUGGGCCACAGCAAUGAAUAAUCUUGGAAUGGCACCACUGGGAAUUGCUGGACAACCAAUUUUGCCUGAUUUUGAUCCUGCUCUUGGAAUGAUGACUGGAAUUCCACCAAUAACUCCAAUGAUGCCUGGCUUGGGAAUAGUACCUCCUCCAAUUCCACCAGAUAUGCCAGUAGUAAAAGAGAUCAUACACUGUAAAAGCUGCACACUUUUCCCUCCAAAUCCAAAUCUUCCACCUCCUGCAACGCGAGAACGACCACCAGGAUGCAAAACAGUAUUUGUGGGUGGCCUGCCUGAAAAUGGGACAGAGCAGAUCAUCGUGGAAGUGUUUGAACAGUGUGGAGAGAUCAUUGCUAUUCGGAAAAGCAAAAAGAACUUUUGUCACAUUCGUUUUGCUGAGGAGUACAUGGUGGACAAAGCCCUUUAUCUUUCUGGUUACCGCAUUCGCCUGGGCUCUAGCACUGACAAGAAGGACACGGGCCGGCUCCAUGUUGAUUUUGCACAGGCUCGAGAUGACCUGUAUGAGUGGGAAUGCAAACAGCGUAUGCUAGCAAGGGAAGAACGCCACCGAAGAAGGAUGGAAGAAGAAAGAUUGCGCCCACCAUCCCCACCCCCAGUGGUUCACUAUUCAGAUCAUGAAUGCAGCAUUGUUGCUGAAAAACUAAAAGAUGAUUCCAAAUUCUCAGAAGCUGUGCAGACCUUGCUCACUUGGAUUGAGCGAGGAGAGGUGAACCGUCGCAGCGCCAACAACUUCUACUCAAUGAUCCAGUCGGCCAACAGCCAUGUCCGCCGCCUGGUGAAUGAGAAAGCUACACAUGAGAAAGACAUGGAAGAAGCUAAAGAGAAGUUCAAGCAGGCCCUUUCUGGAAUUCUCAUUCAAUUUGAGCAGAUAGUAGCUGUGUACCAUUCUGCCUCCAAACAAAAGGCAUGGGACCACUUCACAAAAGCCCAGCGUAAAAACAUCAGCGUUUGGUGCAAACAAGCUGAGGAAAUUCGCAACAUACAUAAUGAUGAAUUAAUGGGAAUCAGGAGAGAAGAAGAAAUGGAGAUGUCUGAUGAUGAAAUAGAAGAAACAACGGAAACAAAAGAAACUGAGGAAUCAGCCUUAGUAUCACAGGCAGAAGCUCUGAAGGAAGAAAAUGACAGCCUCCGUUGGCAGCUUGAUGCCUAUAGGAAUGAAGUAGAACUACUCAAACAAGAACAAGGCAAAGCCCACAGAGAAGAUGACCCAAAUAAGGAACAGCAGUUAAAACUCCUGCAACAAGCCUUGCAAGGAAUGCAACAGCAUCUACUCAAAGUCCAAGAGGAAUACAAAAGGAAAGAAGCUGAACUUGAAAAAAUCAAAGAUGACAAGUUGCAGGUGGAAAAAAUGUUGGAAAAUCUUAAAGAAAAGGAAAACUGUGCUUCUAGACUGUGUGCAUCGAGCCAGGAUAGUGACUGCCCUCUUGAGAAGACCCUGAACAACAGUCCUAUCAAAUCUGAACGUGAAGCACUGCUAGUGGGGAUUAUCUCCACCUUUCUUCAUGUCCAUCCAUUUGGAGCAAGCAUUGAAUAUAUCUGUUCCUACUUGCACCGUCUAGAUAAUAAGAUCUGCACCAGUGAUGUGGAAUGUCUCAUGAGCAGACUUCAGUAUACCUUCAAGCAAGAAAUGACUGGAGUUGGAGCCAGUCUGGAGAAGAGAUGGAAAUUCUGUGGCUUUGAGGGCUUGAAACUGACCUGAAUCCAUCUCCCUAACAACCUGGGAUCCUGAAAAUAAAUGUGUGUUGGACAAGCUUAGAAAGUGAUUUCUAUUUUCAAUGGUUUUCAAGUGGAAAUUGAUUUAAAUUGUUCAGUUCAUUCCUGGAAUCUAUUUUGAUGUAUAAUAAGGAUCCUAGAGCAGCACCUUGAGCUACAGGCCCUAAAAACAAUAGACUCAAACCUUAAGUGCUGUAACUUCCUCCCUUUUUGUCAAUUGAUUGUCUUUGUUUUUAUUAGUAGUAUUGAAAAAGGCCUGAUGCUAAAGAGUAUUUGGGGUGUUUUCAGUGUCUGUGCUAAAAUGUCAAUAGACUUUGGUAUUUUUAAAAACACUGUUAACUGAAAUAUUUUGAUGAUUUGUGUGUGAUUUGUGUUUCGAAGUUUCUCUUCACAUUAGUGUUGCUACUGGUGAGAAGAAUGUGAGGAGCUCUAGCUACUCCAUAACUGACGUCUUUCCAAUCCCUAGUAAGUGAAUAACACAUCAGUGUCUUCUAGGAGGUGUUUGACCAAGUUCACCUUUUAAAAGACAAAGCAUGAUUUGUGGCUUUUACAAAAUUACUGUGAACCAGAAGUUAACAACUGUACUAAACUUAUUUUAUCUAAUAUAUCAGAUAAAAGGUUUAUUUCAGAAUUUUAAAAAAAAUGUAGAUAUAUGUGCAGAAUGCAAGUGUCCAGUAUGACUGGCAUGUGUACGUGCUAUUCAGAAUCACCUUGUAAAUACUCUGCUUUUAAAGGAGGGCAUGUUUAGUUUUCUAAAAAUUAAAACACAGAUGUGUGCACAUGUGCAUGUGCAUACACACAUUAGCAAAAGGGAUUUAUUUUAAUAUAUUUCCCCCCUGGCCUUCUUACAAAAUUUGUUGGUCCCUUUUUCCUGCUGUCAGUGUAUUGAAUUGCUAACCGUGUACUGCCGUAAAUAUUAUGUUUACUUCAUGCUGAACGUUUGCGAAGAGUUGAUAUGAGUAUUAAUAGAAAACUCCUGGUAAUAAAUAAACAAUGGGCAAGGGUGUGUGAGCUCCACCUGGAGUGCCAGGGACACCUCCAGAUUCCAAUGGCAGUGUGAGUGGACCAGUUAGAAGGCCCUUCUUAAUGGAAGAAAAAGGGAAGGAAUGAGGAUUUGAGGCUAAUAUCCUGAGGUAGAGAUGAUCUUUUGUACUGUUGAUGGUGCUUGUAAUGUAACACAAGCAUGCCUUCCCUUGAGUCUUGAUUCAAAAUAACUGAAUGUACUAAGUAAGCAAAGCCGAUGAGGAGUAUUUUAGGAAAAUACUUUGUAAAUGAGAUGUCAGUAGUGUUCAAAGUUGUAUUUUUAAAAGAUAAAUAUUCAUUUUUUAUACCUCAGUUUUGUGUUCUGUUUUGAAUUACUUGCUCUCUAAGUAAUCCUUCAGUAAAUCUUCUCAGCUUCUUCCUUUCAGUUACCAGGAUGUUGGAAGAACAUGCUAAACCGUCUGCCUUGACAACUAGAAAUAGAGUUCCAUGGCAGCACAUUCACGCUGAAAUCUGGCUUUCCCCUUAAGCACCCAGCAGUGGAACCAGCAGGAAGCUAGGGUUAUUUUUACACUAGCUUCCUCACCGAAGCAUCUCUGUCAUCAACACUACAGAAGGCUUUGAUUGAUCUGUUUAAGGGGUCCUGGAAUGUAUUAUUUUAACAAUAUCAAUAAAAUCAAGGGAAGU